AUGUCAACAGAUAGCAAAUUUACAUUUUAUUUACAUUCUCAUAGACCUCUAAUCGAUGUGAUUGAUUUGCAAUGGUCUCAAGAUAAACUUCCUAAUGAAUCAAUUGGACAAUCACUUUCGAUUGAUACUUUAGUUUCAAUAUCAGAUGAAUUUGACGAGUUAUUAAAAAAUAGACCAGAAAGAAACUGGGGAGAACUUGGAUUGAAUGAUUUAAGUUGA